UUCAACAGCCGACAUUAGAGUUUAAUGAUCAGGUUCAUAAUGCAUUUCACCACUGCCUGUCUUUUAAGUUUAGCUUUUUUUAUUUCUAUUGGUAAAGUUCAUUUAGAAGAUGACUAUGACUAUGACUAUGAUGACCAAAAGUGCAGUAUGACAGAAUCUAUUAUUGGAGGUACAGUCGAAUAUUCUAAAGAGGGCAAAAAAGGAAGUGAAGUAACCUACUACUGCAAAGAUGGAUUUAAACCCUACCCAAUCUACAAGAAAACCUGCAGCUCUAAAGGAAAAUGGGAGCCAGAAAUAUCCAGGGUGAUAUGUGAUGAGGAAUCGGAUUAUGGUGAAAGCGUGGAACCCCAAAAGAACUGCUCUGUGGCAAACGUUAUAAAUGAAGGCAGCGUUUCCUACUCUAAUGAAGGCUUAGAAGGCAGUGUGCUGACAUACCACUGUAAAGUAGGAUACUACCCUCAUCCAGUCAGCAAAAGAGUUUGUAACUCAGAUGGGGAGUGGUCAAUCAUGACAUUGCCUUCUGGCAAGAUAGUGUCUACUGCCACGUGCAAAGAGAUUCUUUGCCCAGCACAGCUUCAGCUGUAUAAUGGCCAGUUUUGGCCCAGGAAACAACUGUUUAAAAUUGGAGAAGUGCAGGAAUUCUCAUGCAGGGAGGGUUUGACCUUGUCUGGUUCAGCCAAGCGGAACUGCACUGAAUGGGGCCACUGGACGGGUACACCUCCAGUGUGCAUUGAUCAAAAUGAUGGCUGCAAAGAUCCAGGGACUCCACCUGGAGCUAUACGCUCUGGAGACCGCUUUCAGAUUGGUGACAGAGUAAAAUAUCGCUGCCUGUCAGGCAUGGAUUUACUGGGGUCUGAAGUGAGAGCAUGUCUAGAUUCAAAAGAAUGGAGUGGACCUGAGCCACGUUGCCAUGCCCCCUAUAUGUUUGAUUUACCAGCAAGUGUGGCUCAAGCCAUGGCUGGUUCACUAUCUGGUGUAAUGGAUGUUUCAUCUCCUGAGUUUAAAAAGAAGAAAACCCCUGAAUUUGGAAGAAACAUUAAAAUUGAAAAAGGUCAAUUCAACAUUUUCAUUCUCAUAGACACAUCAGGAAGCAUUCAGCAGUCUGAGUUUGAAAAUGCAAAGGCAGCCACUGCUAACCUUAUACGCAAGUUAAGUAGCUAUGAUGUUACAAUGAAGUUUGAUAUAAUUUCCUAUGCCAGUGAGCCUCAAGACAUUGUAAAGGUUUCCGAUUUUAUUAGUGGCAACACAGAUAUAGUCCUGGAGAAAUUAAGCAAGUUUGAUCAAACAAAACAUGGGAAAAAGACUGGUACCAAUCUCUAUAAAGCCCUCAAGGCUGUGGAGGAACGACUUGCCAACCUCAAGGCUUCAAAUAUUGAUGAGUUCACUAAGACUCAAAAUGUCAUUCUCAUUGAGACUGAUGGUUACUCCAACAUGGGAGGAAACCCACAAUAUGUUCUGGGUUUGAUUCGUGAUCUCUUCAACUACAGCAGCUCUAUAGAUAACUCAAAUGAGGAGCUUCUUGAUGUCUAUGUGUUUGGCAUUGGUGCAAAUGUAAAGAUACAAGAGCUGAAAAGUCUAGCUUCCAAUAAAAUCAGAGAGAGGCAUCUUUUUAUCCUAAAAAAUUAUAAGGAUCUUGGCGACGUCUUCAAUAGAAUGAUUAAUGAUUCUGCUGUAACCAAGUGUGGAGUGGCUCAAGAACUGGUUUAUAAAACUGAUGAUGAUUUUGAUGAGCCACCAAAAGAUGCUUAUAGCAGGCCUUGGCAUGUUUCUGUUAGUUGGCAAGGAAUGCCAUGCCAGGGCUCACUUUUGAAUGAAAAUUGGGUGAUCACAGCUGCACAUUGUCUGAUGAAACUAAACUAUGGUUUGAUGAAAUGGGCAAAUGCCACGGACGUGCGCAUUACACAUGGUGAGGGAACGGUAUAUGGCUCAUUGCUAAUUUCUCAUCCGAAUUUUAAUGUCACAAAACUCAAGGAGAAGAAAAUCAACGAGUUUUAUGACUAUGAUGUUGCACUGAUUAAACUGAACAGUAGCAUUAAGCUGACCUACAAAGCAAGGCCAAUUUGUUUGCCAUGCACAAAACCUUCAAAUCAUGCUCUGAAGAUGCAUAACAAAACUACUUGCAAGGAGCAUGAAAACACCCUGCUUGAUUCACAGCAGACUACAGCCUACUUCAUCCGUCAGGGAAAAACCCGAAUGCAGACUCAUAUCCAGAGCGGAGAAAAGAGAGUCCACUGCAUUGAGCAGUUCAGGCCUGAAUUGCCUUUGAACAACGAGGUGUCUUUGACUGAUGUUGUCACAGACAGGUUCCUGUGUACUGGAGGAUCACAGAAAUACAAGGAUCAUAUUACCUGCAAAGGAGACUCUGGAGGUUCUCUCUUCCUUCGUAAGGGAUUACGUUACUUCCAGGUGGGAGUCGUGAGCUGGGGCAAUACGUUAAAGUGUGAAUCGACUACACCAGCUGACUUUGAUGAUCCUCCUGAGAAUGCUCGUGAUUUCCACAUCAGUGUGUUCUCCAUUAUGCCCUGGCUUAUGGAACACCUGGGCAAUGAAAUUGAAUUCCUGCCAUUGGAGAACUGAAUUAAGCAGGAAAGUUGACCAAACGUUUAAAUAUAACCUGUUUUGUUUUCUAAUUACUUUCCUAAAUAACUACUCAAACAGUCUCCAGUUAAAAAUAUAUUUAAUUGGAGUUUUAAACUUAACAUAAGUUUUAUGAACCCCUAAUAACUAGGGGUAUAAUGACCCAUCAAAAUCCAUAAUGUGACUAUAUCAUAAUCAUGUUUGAUACACACUGUGGACAUCAGCUUUUUAAUCAUUAUGCGUCUAAUGCACCGAUACUGUUUGUACACCAGGGGUCUCAAACUGCACAUCCAAUAGAACUCAAAUAAAAGCUGGAGAACUUCGA